AUGAAUAACUACAUUAAAUUUAUGGAAGUACUAGGGAAUGUUAAGCAUCUGAAACGGACUGGGUGGGUUUUAAGAAAGGUUAAAGAUUGUGAAACCGUCUCGGGUCACAUGUACCGGAUGGCGAUGAUGUCAUUUUUUCUAGAGGAUAGCCACGGUUUGGAUCGAAUCCGUGUGAUGGAAAUGUCUCUUGUCCAUGAUCUGGCGGAAGGCAUCGUAGGUGAUAUUACACCUUACUGUGGAGUUUCACGGGAAGAGAAACUAUUGAAAGAAUUUUCCGCUAUGACAGAUAUAGCUGAUUUACUUGGCCCCAACAAGGAUCGGAUGAUGGCUUUGUUCAAUGAAUAUGAAGAGGGCAAGACACCAGAGGCAAAGUUCGUAAAAGAUCUUGACCGUCUUGACAUGGUAAUGCAGGCAUACGAAUACGAGAAACGUGACAACUGUCCCAUGAAUCUACAGGAAUUUUUUGACUCGACGGAAAAUAAAUUCUCCCAUCCCUUCGUCGUCGAUAUUGUCAACGCUAUCAAGACUCAGCGCGCAAAAACUUCCACAACGACUGCCGACAAUCUUAUUAGUAAGCAAUGA